GAGAGAAAGAGAAAGAGAAAGAGAGAGAGAAAGAGAAAGAAAGAGAGAGAAACACCCACCACAACCUACACAGCCGACUCAACUAAUACCAGAGUUAGUGGCACCAUAACCAGUAGUAGUAGUAUUAAUAGUAGUGGUUGUAGUAACAGUAGGAGAAAUAGUAAUAGUAGUAGUAGUAGUAGUAGUAGUAGUAGUAGUAGCAGUAGUAGUAGU